CGCCUGGCCUCCGAGAUGAAGCACGUGCAGGAGCCCCCCUGGAACCGCAGCGUGGCCCUGACCUCGCUGGGGGGGCGCCGCUUCCUGAGCCUGGCCAAGUUCCGGCUCUUCCACGACGAUCUCUACUCCGGCUGGCUGGCCCAGGCGCUCUCCAGCGACCUCUACGUCCAGUUCUGGCCCAACUCGCGGGGGGUCCUGCCCUCCAACUGCUCGGGGCCCUACCGGGUGUAUAACAUCGAGGAGUUGGGCUUCCCGGCCCCGGGGCCCGACUUCUCGGCCACCGUCGACCACUCCAAGUGGUGCGUGAGCACCGAGAGCGCGCCCGGCUGGGCCUGCGUGGGCGACAUGAACCGCAACCUGGAGGAGGAGCAGCGGGGUGGGGGCACCCUGUGCCAGCAGGACCCAGCCGUCUGGAAAUCGUAUUACGCCCUGGUGCAGGACUAUAGCAAGUGCAAGGAGGGGAGUGGGGGCUAG